AUGGAGGCCAAUGAAACAGUGACCAGCCCAGGGAAACUACAGUGUCCUCUAGGCAGAAGAGGCCAGAUAGUCCUUUACCUUAUUCUCAAACUCCAACUACAUGGCUGGACAUUCCCAAAACGAGUUCCUGAACCUCUGCUGCCGGGAAUAACUGGACCUGCUGUCAACAACCAGGUUAACUACGUUACUUACCAAACGAACUCAAUUCAGCCCAACAGGCAGAGCAUAAGCUCAGACAGAGCCCAUCACAUGUGUGAGGAGGCGAUCAGAGGAGCAGAAUCUUGCUGUGUUUCAUCCAGCUGCUUUCUGGUGGUGUUUCCAGAUGCUGUCAGGAUGAGCAGCAGGAAGCAGCCCUUGUCAGCUCCGGGAGGGCCAGAGAAGGGGCCUGGACACAGAGAAGCAUCAGAGGAGGGGCCUGCAGAGGUCAGGACCCAGGAGCAGAGGCAUCUGACGGGACCAGGGGAGAAGCGGUCACCUUGGGGCCCCCAGGAGGGGCCCGGGGAGCCGCAAGCGGGCCAGGACCAGGCCACGCCAGGAAGUGAGCUGGGGAUGCUGCCUUCCGGGGUCCCUGCAGCACAUGCAGGGAUGAAGCAGCUGGGCUCAGGGAAGGAGACUGAGGAUGAGCAGAGGGGACAGCAGACCCCGGGGACGGUGGAGGGUGAGGCCCCCGAGAGCUGCCAGCAGGGCCUGGAGUGUCAGCCUACCCCAGGUCACCAGGCAGCGGAGGAGUCAGACGUGGAGCCGCCAGCAGAGCCCUGCUGCCCCUUGGACAGCUGUGGACAGCAGCUGGGAGACAAGCCCCCCAGAGAGGCAGGCGCUCCACACAUCCGGCCACGAGGGGCUCUGCCGGAGUCCGGCCCAGGGGGAUAUGAAGACAGUUCCCAGGAAGCCAUGCCCCUAAUGCCCACAGCAACUCUGGAGGAAAAGAAAGCCAACUGCUUCCUGCCAUCCAUGCCAGCGCCAAACACACCCAAAGAAGGGGGCCGGGCUGUGGAGACCCAGCUGGCAGCAGGGCCUGAUCCUCCACCGGAGGUGAGGGAUGCUGGAGAGAGGAUGGAGCUGGACCAUGUGCAGAAGCAGCCCCAGGAACCCACGGUGGCCACAGGGGCCCAGAACCCUGGGAGCCUCUGCCAGGGCUUCAUGAAGUGCUUGCUGGAGGUGGAGGAGGAGGAGGAGGAGGCCACGCAUCGCAAGGCCACCAAGGCCCAGGCCCUGCCAAACUGGAAGUCCCCCAGGGCCCCGACCCCUGUGCCCAACUCAGCCCUGGGCCUGCCUCUGACCCUUCCUCAGACCCCUCCCAUGGCCCCAUCCUGGGCCCGGCCUCCAGCCCCUGGACCAGUCCCUGCCUCCGUGGGAGCCCCGGUCUUGGCCUCAGUGCCCGCCACGGCCCUGCCAGCUUCUGCCCCGGACCUGGGCUGGAGAAGGACAGAAUUCUUGCCCCAGAGCUGCCAGAGGAGCCUGAGCUAUGCCAGAGCACGGCAGGAGCCAGAAGACCGCUGCCUCCUGAAGCUGCACCAGAACUGGGAGGAGAGGGCCGAGGACCACCUCACCCUGAAGCAGGAGGAGGCCUUCCGAAGCUACUUUGAGAUCUUCAACGGCCAUGGCGAGGUGGACGCACAGAGCCUGGAGAACAUCUUGCUGCUCGUGGGCAUCUCCCUGAUGCCGGCGCAGGUGGAGGAUGCCCUGAUGAGCGCGGACAUCGACGGAGAUGGGCACGUGGGCUUCAAAGAUUUCCUGGCUGUGAUGACAGACACCAAGCGUUUCUUCUGCUCUGUGGAGCAGAACGCCCUGACGGACAUGGCUCCCCCGAACCCCCACACUCUGUUCUUUGAGAUCCUGUCCCUGCUGGUGGAGAUGAUGGCCUUACCCGAGGCAGCCUUAGAAGAGAUCACCAACUAUUACCAGAAGAAGCUGAAGGAAGGCACCUGUAAGGCCCGAGAGAUGGAAUCGGCCAUUGGCCGGCUGCGGGCCCGGAAGAAGCUUCCCUACAACCCCCAGCAGGCAGACACUGUGGAAGUUCCAGAAGGAAGGGUCCUUAGGAUCCUGAGCCGGCUGAAGCAGCAAGACUAUGCUGCCAACUUGCAGAGCCCCUAUGCCCAGGUGCCCUGCAUCCCGUUCUGCCCACGGCUGGACAAGAAGAUGGCCCGCCGGAAGCAGGGCAGCCACUACGUGCUGGACCAGUGCACCCCUCCCAGCCUGGCCCCUGACAUCCGUAGCCUCUUCUUCCAGUCAGGAUCUCAAGGAAAUAGGGAACACGGCUCUGAUAGCCGAAAGUGGCUCAGCUCCGUGCCGGCACGAACGCAUUGACCCUGUGGAGUCCUGACUCUAGCAGCUGUUCAAGGCCUGCAGAUGGACGUGUCAUCAGGCAGGGACCGCUGCUGGAUUUUGCUUUUGUGGCCUGGCAAGCCAAUAAACAACAAGAACCUCA